CUCCUGGGUUCUGGUCACGAGCUUCUAGCAGGUGCUUCCUCCCAGCACACUUCCACGGGACCAAGGCAGAGCCACAAAGGCUGCCGUCUCACCAUUCUGCAGGGAGGAGAGUGUUUCCCAGCCGGCAAGGGCCCCAGGAGCAGUGGCUGUGGGAAGCAGACUGCUGCAGGUCACAAGCCAUGGCCUGGACUUCUGUCCUGAUCAUGCUGCUGGCCCACCUCACAGGUGGUGGCUCUCAGCCCGUGUUGCAUCAACCUCCAUCUGCCUCUUCCUCGCUUGGAACCACCAUUCGUCUCACCUGCGCCCUGAGCAGCAACUAUAGCAUCGACAUUUACAGCAUUUACUGGUACCAGAUGAGGCCAGGUCACCCUCCCAGGUUCCUGCUGGGACAUUUCUCACACUCAGACAAGCCCCUGGGUCACAAGAUACCGGCUCGCUUCUCCGGUUCCAAAGACGUGGCCAGGAACCUGGGGUAUCUGAGCAUCUCUGAACUGCAGCCUGAGGACGAGGCUGUAUAUUACUGCGCCAUGGGGCCCCGGAGCCAGGAAAGGGAGAAGUGGAUGGAAAGGGAGAGAGAAGGAGAAAAGUAGUUCUAGAUUCGGGAUCCCAGCCUCUAGAGACAUUCAGACCCUGAACUUUAGGUGCAGUUUGCUUUGCUCGGCUAGGCUGGUAGAGGGAGGAGGGGUAGAGCAUGGGGCUUCGCAGAGCCAAGGAG